AUGGGCGUGGAAUUUCUCGAGAACCUCACCAAACCCUUGAUGAUAUCCGGCGUUUCCACGCCAUGGAACCACAGCCGGAGCCUGGAAUAUCAAAAUCUGGACAAAAGCGCACCAUUGAAAGGAUACAAAGAUGCGACUUGGAGUUUUCCGGGCCUAUCCUUUUGGCGAGAUAGGGACGAGUGGGGCAAGGUGCGGAAGUGCCCAUGGAUAGCCGGUGCUGUCCUCGUGCUGAAUAUCAUCCUGGCUCUAGCGGCAGUUGGAGUUGGAUACUCCAAAGAAGUCAACAAAGGCGAAUUCGAGAUGGUCGAGCUAUACGAAGGGAGUUGCAACACGUCCAGCAGGAUAGCGACCAUAUUACAUCUAGUAAUUAACAUCUUGAGUACGGUGUUACUAGGCGCGAGCAACUACACGAUGCAGUGUCUUGGGGCACCGUCGCGGGCAGAUGUUGAUCGUGCUCACCAAAAGCACAAUUGGCUCGAUAUUGGGACUUUCAGUGUUCGCAACCUGGGGAUCAUGAACUGGAAGCGUCGCAUCCUCUGGGCUUUUUUGCUCUCCACCUCUGUUCCUAUUCACAUGCUUUACAACUCGGUUGUGUUCCGAUCCAUCUCGGCGAUGGAAUUUGGCGUGUUGAUUGUGCCUGACGACUUGUCUUCAUCCGAGUCGCUAGUUAAUGACAGUGUGGCCGAAGUGACGUUUCAACGCGAUAUUGGCACUAGUGCGCGUGAUAUACAGGCGGAGAUCUUCAACGGCACGUUCUACAAUGCCACCUUGUUGGAGUGCAUUGAGAAGUACGAUAUCAACCUUGAAGACACAUGGAACACGGAGCUCAGCACGUUGGUCUUGACUGCACAUCGACGUUUUUUUGACAAUGCAAGUAGUCUGGGUGGUUCUGUCGCUGAUAUCAAAUAUUUUGAUGACUCAACGUCACUUGCUCAGAUAAAAGAAGACAUGAAUAAGGCCUCCUGGGAUAAGACCUCAUGGAAACCCAUAGCAAGGUUUUGGAGCUACCGCGUUUGGAAGUUUACAAGCCCAGGUGGAACCAUUUUUUCUCUCACAGGUGGCGAUAUGGUUCACAGUCUUUUCGAGGGCGAAUCCGAGAUUGCUUUCGACCGGCAUACGCUCCACAAAUACUUAUACGACAAGAACCCAUCUGCCACGUCAUUACGGACCUACCUUGACACUCCGUCCCACUGGGAAAAUAGCACCUGGGCGGGCGGGAUUUCCUUUACCUUAAUGGGGUAUAAACAGACUUCAGGAGACCACGUGGUCGUCCCAGUCAACGGCUGCAAGUACAAGAAAGCUACCGAACGAUGCCGAAUUCUCUUCAGCCCGCUGAUUGCUAUUAUAGUCGUUGGUUGCAAUGUCGUGAAAGUGAUUUGCAUGGUUUUCGCAGCCCGAAUGAGCCGCACUGGUCUUCUUCUCACCGUCGGAGAUUCCGUGGCUUCUUUUUUAACGCACCCAGAUCCUAUGACCAAGGGCCGGUGUCUGUUGUCACAGUUUAACGUAGCAAAAGGAACGAAGCCAUGGAGCAGACGCAAAAGGAUGUGCGACUUCUGCUUCGCACCUUCCCUUUUUUUGAAGCGCUCCAGUGAUUCGGAAAGCGAUAUGGAAAUCCAUCUGGUGGAUAAGCCGCCAAAUGGAACCGAUGCUUCGUCUCCAAUAGUGUUUCCGAGCUUGUUAUCCCCUAAAAGGAAGCGUUGGUGCCAAGCAGCGACCGGGCAACGCUGGCUAGUCACUUUUACUUGCGUUGCUCUGUGCGACAUGACUUUUAUCACCUUGUUCGUCGGGAUCAUCUUCGCCGAUGACCUAUUUCGGCUGAAGUCUGCGUCUGCGUUCUUCGCCGAAAUCUGGAGUGAGGGAUUCGGAUUAGUCAGCGAAAUGACAUUGAUACCCCUUCAAUGGUUGUCAGGUAACACGCUGACCAUGAUCCUGAUAUCAAAUUUGCCGCAGUUCUUUUUAUCUAUUAUGUACUUCCUCACAAAUGGCUUGCUCACAUGUAUGCUUGGGGCAGCGGAAUGGGACCGGUACGCCUUCCAGCGUCGACCAUUGCGAGUAUCCCGGCCACGAGGCGCUCAACGCUCAACAUUCUAUCUCACGCUCCCGUACAGAUACGGUGUACCAAACUUGAUUUUAUUUGCUCUGAUCCAUUGGGUUGUGUCUGAAGCCUUUUUUUUCAUCGACGUGCAGAGUCAAAACGUGCACAACAUCCCAAUCGAAUCUAAUUCCAGGCGCGGCUGCUCUAUUUCGCCCUUGGCGGUGUUUAUCGCUAUACUUCUGAUAUUUGUGGGGUGGGUGACACUCGUAUUACUCGGACUGAAGAAGUUCAAGACGCAUGCUCCAAUAGUGGCGCAUUGUAGUGCGGCUAUAAGUGCAUCUUGCCAUCCUCCUCCGGAUGAUGCUUAUGCGGCAUUCAAGCCUGUUAUGUGGGGAGAAGUGACCCAAGCCGGACACAUGCCAGAAGAAGAAAACUGGACUGAUUGCGAUUUAUCUGAGGAGCAGACAGAGUUGAGAGCAAUUGAUGGGCUAGGGCUGGGAUCUAUGCAAUAUCUUUUUGCACACUGUUCGUUGACCUCAAAAGAAGUCUCUACACCACGAUUAGACAAUCUGUAUUGUUGA